CUUGCAACUUUCUAGGAAGUGUUUUAUUCAGAUCCACUGUCAGAUUUCUCAGCUGCUCCUGAGAUCAGUUUUGCAGGAUGCUGCACUUUGUGGACCAUCUUCUGGAUUCCAUAAAUUUAGAGCGCACGCCCUUCCGUGUUUAUACCAUCACUGCCCUGGUUCUUCUCCUUCUCCUCUUGGUUUCUCGUUCAUUACUGAAGGUUGUAGUAUUUAUCUAUGCGUAUGCAGAAAAUGUCCGCCGUCUACGCUGUUUUCCAGAACCUCCAAGACGCAGUUGGUUAUUUGGACAUCUAGGAAUGUUUUUGCCGAAUGAAGAGGGACUGACACAAGUCAACAGCUUAGUCUCCACUUUUCCCAAAACCAACAUGACCUGGAUGGGCCCAGCCAUCCCUGUAGUAUCACUGGUUCACCCAGACACUAUCAAACCUAUUGUGGCAGCAUCAGCUUCUAUUGCACCAAAACAUGAGUUCUACGGUUUCCUGAGACCAUGGUUGGGUGAUGGCCUCUUGCUCAGCCAUGGAGAGAAGUGGAUGAAACAUCGACGUCUACUGACACCAGCCUUUCACUUUGAUAUCCUAAAACACUAUGUGAAGAUCUUCAGCAAGAGCACAGACAUCAUGCAUGCGAAGUGGAGGAGGCUGGCAUCAGAAGGACCCGUGUCACUGGAUAUGUUUGAGCACAUAAGUCUUAUGACAUUGGAUUCACUACUGAAAUGUACCUUCAGCUAUGAUAGUGAUUGCCAAGAAAAGCCGAGUGAUUACAUUUCUGCUAUUUAUGAGCUGAGCUCUCUGGUGACAGAACGGGAACAAUGUCUUCUUCAUCACUUUGACUUCAUCUACCGCCUCUCCUCAAAUGGAAGGAAGUUCCGCCAGGCAUGCAAGAUUGUGCACAACUUUACAGAGGGUGUAGUGCAACAGAGGAAGAAGGCUCUACAAGAGAAAGGGGCAGAAGCCUGGAUCAAGUCCAAGCAAGGGAAGACCACAGACUUCAUUGAUAUACUCUUACUAUCAAAGGAUGAAGAUGGAAAUCAACUUUCUGAUGAAGAGAUGAGAGAUGAGGUGGACACCUUUAUGUUUGAAGGUCAUGAUACGACAGCCAGUGGGCUUUCUUGGAUUCUGUAUAAUUUGGCUCGCCAUCCAGAAUACCAAGAGAAAUGCAGAGAGGAGAUCAGAGAGUUACUGAGUGGGAAAGAAAACAAACACCUGGACUGGGAUGAGUUGUCUCAGCUGCAAUUCACAACAAUGUGCAUCAAGGAGAGCCUGAGACUGCAUCCUCCUGUGACAGCAGUGUUCAGACGCUGUACCGAGGACAUAAAAUUGCCUGAUGGCAAAGUCAUUCCCAAAGGAAACACCUGCCUGAUAAGUAUUUAUGGAAGUCAUCACAAUCCUACAGUCUGGCCAAAUCCAGAGGUAUAUGAUCCAUAUCGCUUUGAUCCAGAUAAAUUUGAGGAGAGGUCGUCACAUGCAUUUAUUCCAUUCUCUGCAGGUCCCAGGAACUGCAUUGGACAGAACUUUGCUAUGGCUGAGAUGAGGGUCGUGUUAGCCAUGACGCUUUUACACUUUAAUGUCACCCUGGACCAAACUAAAUCCGUGCGCAAAGCUGAGCUGAUAUUACGUGCUGAAGGCGGAUUAUGGCUGCAGGUAGAGGCACUGAAAUCCUGAUGCCACUUGAACAGAGGAAGCUAAUAGUGUAAUAUCCUACGCAAAGGAAAAAGAGAAGUUACACACUCUUCUCAUGGUGGAAUAUUUGUACAACUUACUGAAUAUAAUUUAAUUAUAAAAUGGAAUAUAAUAAUUUUUAUUACUUGGUAUUUUUUCUACUUUUUAUUCAAAUACUUUGCUGUCUGUGAAAUGUGUGAAUUUCAAAGAAGAGAAAAACUUAAACCAUAAUUGUCUUCCAUAACCCUAAAACAUUCUUUGGGUAACAGAUUGUUGGGGCAUGUUGUUGUAUAGUAAAAAAUGACUCUGCAAAUCCAUUGUUCAUCGCAACUUCAAUGCUAUUAUGAUAGCCAACAAAUUAUAUAAAUAGCUCCUAAAUUUCAGCCACACUUCACCAGUAUAUUUGUGGUUUGUGAUACAAGCACACGUGCACACUCAUAUACAUGUGCACAUGCUGACAAAAUACUCUCCAAAAAGACUGACUGACUUAAAACUAGUCUGAUUGUUUCUUAAAGGGGCCUAAAAUACAUUAAGAUUAUAAUGUAAAAUUCUUUUUUAUGUAUAGUAAAUUCAAGCUUUGGACCAAUAAGUCCUUGUCAUUACUAUACCCAUAUUUUACGAAACCCUGAACCUGUAUAGUAAAUGACACUCUGUAUAAAUAAUAAUUAGAACAUUGCUGGACACAAUAUUUACACAGAUGCAACAAAAUGUAAUAAUUUAAUAAAAUAUAACUGUGGCAUAAUCA